CCCCGGCGGCCCAGCGCGGACGAGCGAGCCGGGAGAAGCUCCGUGGCGCGCCGAUGGGGGUCCCGCCGCAGCCGCUGCUGCUCGCCCACCUGGCCGGGGUGGUGCUCGCCGCAGGCGCUCUGUUGAGCCUGCCCUCCCUGUCAAAUGUCAGCUAUGUUUUCGACAAAAGCAGCUGCAGGCUGAGCAUCGCAUGGGACCCUGUCAAUUUCUCAAGCAAUUCCUGCGAACUGAUGUAUCACACUGCUCUGAACAACGGCAAAGAGUGGACUGAAAAUCACUGGCAAGUAAACCAUUCCAAGAAAAGGCCGGUUCCUCUGGGGGACAAUCUGUCGUUUGGGCUCAGAGCAUCCUGCAUGACCACCAAUACUGAGCAACUCAAAGGCGAAUGGUUCACUCUCUCUCUUGCACAAAACGGGACAGCAGGAACCGGAGCCGCAAAUCUCAGUUGCAUCUGCCGUAACGCCCAGUGGAUGGAGUGCUCAUGGAGGCGUGGAAGAAAUGCACCCCGUGGCACCAACUACCAACUGUCCUUCUGGUGCAACAGCAUGAAAGAAGGGCAGCUGUGCACAGAUCGCCGUGUAGAUGGAGACACCUUCCGAUGCACUUUCCCGAUCGCCUGUUCUGGACAACGCGGCAUCGCUAUUUCUGUCCUUAGCGAUUCUCAAGACAUCCAGCCCGUGUGCAUGAUUACAAAGGAAGGCACAGGAAAGGCCGAUUAUCCAAUAAAACUUGACCCACCAUCAAAUCUGAAAGUCACAAAGAGCAGUAACACACUUUUUCUAACAUGGACUCCCCCUAUCGCCUGGCAUGGCAUAUGCUAUGAGGUAGAAAAGAAUGACAGACCCCUGGAUAUUUACGAAGACUCGACCAAUAUAACCGUCCCCCUUGAGCGUAAGAAGCAUCACACACUCAGAGUGAGGGCUGUGCUGCCUCAGCUCGGCGGACACUGCAGCAAGAUACGAGGGCCCUGGAGUGAAUGGAGCGAGAAGGUGCAUUGGGAUGACCGAGACAAGAAUCAAACACUGAUGAUUGCUCUAUGUGUCAUCAUUCCAUUAUGUGCUGCAGCCUUGACUAUCCUUCUCCUUGUUCAUCUGAAGAGGAUUCAGCUGUUGAUCUUUCCAAUAAUUCCUGACCCUGAAAAGGUUCUGAAACGAAUGUUUGAAGAUCAAAGAGAGGAGUAUCAGUCCAUUGGGCAUCCAUUCGAACCCAUAAAACCCGAUAUCACAAAAACAGACCUCAAGAUGAGCUAGCCAAGGAAAACCGUUUGCUAUACUCAUAACACCUUCAGGAAAUGAGAAAAUCGGGUUGCUGUCUUUAUAUCAGACAACUUUUGAAAUGUAAACCAAACCAAAUGCUGCAAGUCAGGGACUGAUCUCUAACGGAUAGCCUCUUGGAGAAGCACCUUUGCACACAUUCGCUGGUGUCUAUUCGUUGAAAGCUCCUUGACGAAUCCCACAACACGGACAGGAGGAGUGGAAAUGGCUUCUCUUCACCUGGAAGUUUCCCUUCCCCCUGGUCACCAAGGUUUUCCCAUCAAAAACUGAAUUUCAAGCCUCGCGGUAGCUUCUGUGAAGUUGUGUUGUCUCUGAAGUACCAGCGUCAAACUUUGUGGUAGCAACUUAGCCCCACCAGAAUAAAUCCAGAACUACUCAAGAGGAGACAAAGUGGCAGGCAAGACUGGUGAUGCUUGCAUCGUAGUCGUCCCAAGGGAUGACCUUUUCCCUCUGGUUUCAUGUUGCACUCUUGUCAUGAAUGCAGAAAGUAUAGGAAGGUGUUUAUGCCUAUCUUAAUUGCUUAAGUUAGGAUUCAGUGUAGUAGCAGUGAUAACAGCAUUCAGACCACUGGAAAUGAUAAGAUGACACCACAGAUCUGAGGCUUAAGAAGAUCAUGGUUAGCUGGGCUGGAGCCCAAAGGCUGAGCAGUUGCACAAAGCAACGAAUUAUGCAUAAUGACUUGAGUGUGUGUCCAAAUCCAUGUUUACAGUGGUAUUUUUGAACUGGUGAAUUUCUCUUUUCCAGAAAACUUGUAUGUUUUUUUUCCUAGCAAACUGUGGAAAGGCUUGAGAUUAAUUUGUAUAUUUUUCACAUUCUAUAAGAAGUUUCUUGAGCUGUACAAUUUUAUGUAAAGAAUGAACAAU